AUGCCCUCCGAAUAUAUCGACUUAGUCUGUAAAGCGCAGACUCUGGUAUUUAAAAGCUAUGCAGAUUACGCACGAACAGAUUACAAUCAUGAACAGACUUUUCUUCUGCUAGAAAAGAGGCAACAAGCAUACAUCGCGCCCACAAUCAGUGAGUAUGAUGACUAA